AUGACUCCCGAUACUGACAAGAAGAAACUGACACUUACCAAGACUGUGAGCAGCAGCCCCGGGAACAGUAAACCCAGGGUUACGCCCACAGCCACAACCAAGACUAUGAUGCCACCGUUACACGGAACUUCGGCAGCUCCCCGAGCCAUGGAAGGGAGCUACGAAGACCCGGACGAGGGUGCUUCUGAAACAAGACUACAAGGCCAGGAGUGCCUUAUGACCAGAGGAGAUCCAAACUCCGUAGAUGACAUGACUACUAAGACCGGACGAGACGAGUCCCCUACUAACGAUGACGACCAAGCUCUCGGUAUCAGACGGAUCGAAUACCUGACCGAUGAAGCACACAAUACUCCAGGGCUCCCGCUGGACGCGACCCUGCUGACAAGUAUAACACAACAACCAAAUGAAACUUACACCAACACCAAAUCACCGCGCUCGCAAGCGGUUGACCCAGCAAGCUUUAAAGGCGCUACGAUCCCCUCGCCCCUUACGAACGCGAAGGCUGACACCCGGCCUGCCGGCCUCAAGGCAGCCGUGCGCUCCCAGAAAACAGCCACUUCGCGGGCCACGACUACUACAACUACCCCUGGGAUUCAGAGCUUCAAAAACCGGAGGUCAAAGAAGCUUAGACCUCCCGCCACGCCCGGACCGCAUUCGGCAACGUCAGGGACGCCCACGAACCUGGCAACCACCCCUGGUUACGAAACUGGACCUUCUCCCGGGGUGACUCCCGUCUUUACGGAAGGCCAAAUCGAAGCAAUCAUGCGGGGCGACCUAACGGGCAUCCCCGAGGCUCGGCACGUAGAUAUCGAGGAGCGUCUGUACCCUGUCUCACCAGCCGACCUGGAACGUCAGCUCGUCCGACUCAAACAAGAAAGAAAGGAUGCCACUCAGGAAGAUAUCGUCAAGGUGGUUACAAUGGCCCUUCGCCGGCCCUUGACACGGGACGACGCGCAUCUCUUCGAGUCGCCUUCGAACAUCGACGAUCCCGAUCGCUGGCUCGACUGGUUCUCCAGCACCCUGGAAACAUGCGACGAGGCCCGGACGGCUAACCGCAACUUCGAAAACGCGCGAGUGGCGAUCAUUUCCGACACGCAGUGGUCACGUUUCCAGCGAAAAAACCUGGCCUCAAACGAGCUACCCGGCUUUGGACCCAUCCCUGAGGCCGAUUGCACGCCACCCGAGGGUGACGUCCUACCUAUCGGCGGUACUAAAAUUCCCCGCCUACCUGCUCGACAACUGGUCAAAGUCCACCGAGUCGUACAGGACUUGGAACUCACACGACUACCCUCGGCCAUCUGGCGCAUCCGUCGCAGGACGCUCUCAUCUCGGCGCCACUACCUGGACCUCGCCCUCGGGGGCCAUCACAUUGAAAGCACCCUCGCCACCCCUGACGGCCGGUCGCAAACCCCGGAGUCUCUCUCCCCGGGGGCCCCGAUGGUCGAAUUGCCGUUCCUGGGCCUAAACGAUGACGAGCUCCUUUCAAUGGUAGCACCAUUCCCUCGACCAGACCAAAGGGUGUGCCAAGUGGGUUCCAAUCCGAACGCCCCGUUGGUUCAGGAGCUUCCGUGA